AUGAAUCUCUCUUCACCAUCGGCGCGUUCUGCUCCGCAGACGGCGUCGUCCGGCACUUCUUGGUUUUCCGGCAUUGUCCGCGGCCGCUCGGCAUCCGCCAAGAUGUCCAGCAACUCCGCCGUUGUUGCUGCCGUCGACGGCGUCGGAGGUGGCAAUGGACCCAUUAAUAAAAAACGCCAGUUUCGUGGGGUGAUGUUUAAGUACGGUCCGAAGCCAAUUCAGGUUGCGUUUAAAACAGGUGACUACAAACAGCAAGUUAUUUUUAUUGGUGGGCUGACAGAUGGUUUUUUGGCCACUGAAUAUUUGGAGCCUUUGGCUAUUGCUUUGGAGAAAGAGCAUUGGUCACUAGUUCAGUUUCUGUUUUCAUCUUCCUAUAGUGGAUAUGGCAUCUCAAGUUUGAAACAGGAUGCAAUGGAGCUCGACCAAUUGAUCAGUUAUCUGAUAAACAAGGAAGAUUCCGAAGGUGUGGUACUAGUUGGGCACAGUACUGGCUGCCAGGACAUAGUUUAUUACUUGCGUACAAAUGCAGCAUGUUCAAGAGCAGUUCGUGCUGCCAUUUUGCAGGCUCCAGUUAGCGACCGGGAGUAUAAAGCAACGCUCCCUGAAACUGCUUCAAUGAUCGAUUUGGCUUCAAAGAUGAUAAAUGAUGGCCGAGGAUCGGAACUGAUGCCCAGAGAAGCCAAUCCAGAUUCUCCAAUUACGGCCUACAGAUACCAUUCUCUAUGUGCAUACAAUGGAGAAGAUGACUUGUUUAGCUCCGACUUUAGUGAAGACCAGUUGAGACAGAAACUUGGACAUAUGUCUAACACACCCACACUGGUCGUGUUUUCCAUGGGAGACGAGUACGUACCUGAAUAUGUGGACAAAAAAGCACUUGUCGACAGAUUGUGUAGUGCAAUGGGUGGUGCAGAAAAAGCCGAGAUCGAACAUGGGAACCACUCUCUCUCUAACAGAGUUGGGGAAGCCGUACAAGCCAUAAUCGAUUUCAUCAAACGAGAUGGGCCAAAAGGAUGGGACGACCCUUGGAGUUAA